AUGUCGAUGCUUGGCAGCGUGACGCAGCUCACUGGCACAAACCUGGAAGCUCAGAGGCGGGCCACAAGUGCUUUUGAUGCAGCAGCGGAACUGGAUAAUGCAGCUGAUGCAUCACGCUUAGUUAGUGCGACCUUCAGUUCCGGAGACGUUGAGGCUGCCAUCAGCUUGGCCAGUGACCAACUUGAAGCAGCCAAGGGAGGUAGUCCACAAAUGCAGGCCUAUGCACACCUCAUGUGGGCAGAGCUGAUGCUUGCACUUGGCAAGACUGCUGCACUGAAGGAACAUGCGGGACAGGCCGCGCAGCUUUUCCAACAGCUGGACAAGAUGCCAUAUGUUGCCAAAUGCAAAGCCGCAAUAUUGCAAGCUUGCAUUCAGGACUGGAUUUGCAACCUCAUGGAGCCGCUUGCGAAAGCCCUCGAUUUGUACAAAGAGCUUAAUUGGAAGCGGUACGAGGCCUCCGUGCUUUACAGCCUCUCAGAACGACAGCGCUUCCAACCUCACGGAGGAGCUGUGGCGCAAAGAACGGCGGAGGAGGCUGUGUCCAUUUGGAAAGAGAUUGGCAACUACAAGGGGGAGGCCACCGCCAUGACUGCAGUGGCCAAAGCAAUGAUUGUUCGUGGACUCACUUCUGAUGCCUUGCAGAUGGUGCAAACCCGCAUGCAGGAAUUACGCCAAGACAACAGGCUUUCGGCUCUUGCUCAAACAGGGCAGGGUUGCGUCACCGUGCUCCAGGAAUGCGGUGCGAAAGAUGAAGCGUUGGCAACAGCCGAAGAAGUCUUGGCAAUAACGCAGCAGCUGGGCAACAGGCAUGAAGAAGCCUGGAUGUUGAUCAAGCUCUCAGAGGUCCGUAGUGACAUGAAGCUCUAUGAAGAGGCGUUGCUUUGUGCCCAGGAGGCACAAACAAUCUUCCAAGAAUUGGGGGACCAGUGCGGUGAGGCAGAAGCCAUGAAAAGUCUGUCGCACAUCUAUACGGCCAAGAGAGAAGCCCACAAAUCCCCACAUCGUCAACGAGCACUUGAUUUGCUAAGUCAGUUUGCCACCUCCGUUGCCAACAAAGAUGUGGAAGGUUUUCAAAAGGCACUGACACAAAUGCGGCUGUACCAGGGUGUUGAUGGGCAAGAUGUCGCAGCCAGCCUUGGAAGCCUCAUGCAGGAUCCAGAGACAUACAAGUGGUACGUGGAAGCUUCGGCAGACUACUUUCAGGUGACCUUCGAAGAAGCCGAGUCCAUGGUUGGCCGUGCUCCAUUGAAUCCAAUGCAGCGUGCCAUUGGCCUGGACUCACGCGGUUACUUGGAAGGACAGUUGGAAGUUUGA